UGGUGGUGUGCGUAGUCGAAGCUGUUGUCCUCGUACAGAAUGUCGAUGCACAACAGAAUUCUUGCCAGAUUUGAUAAAACACACGUAUUAGUUUGCUUCUUUGUGCGUUGAUUUAUUGAAUCUGGAACUACUUCUCUGGAAAUGUAUUAUACAACAACCAAAAAAUGAUGACGAAAAGGUCCUGGCUCGUAGGAUUUUGGACUUUGUGGUGGUUGCGUUUAUUGCUCAUGUGGAAUACAAUAGAUGCUCACAUUCGCUAUUCCGUUCCUGAGGAGCUGAAGGAAGGGUCCGUUGUUGGGAAUCUUGCUAAAGAACUGGGCAUGGGACUUUCCGAGAUUACCGACCGCAAGCUAAGGAUUGCAUCCGAGACGGUAAAACAGUAUUUCAAGGUGGAUUUGGAGAAGGGCGAAAUAGCGGUGAGUGAAAGAAUCGACAGAGAGACAAUGUGCGAACAAAGCGCGAGCUGCUUAUUACCUCUGCAGAUAGUGGUUGAAGAUCCCUUAGAAUUAUUUUCUGUUGAUAUUGAAAUUCAGGAUAUAAAUGACAAUUCGCCCAGCUUUUUGACGAACGAGCGCAUCUUAAAAAUCGCAGAAUCAACUGCGACUGGAGUGCGGUUCCCUUUGGAGAGCGCAGUAGACCCAGACGUGGGAAGUAAUUCACUGAAAUCCUACACCCUCAGUAAAGAUGAAUGUUUCGGUGUGAAAGUAAAGAAUCUCGACGACGGACGAAAAGUCCCUGAGUUAGCUUUAGAGAAACCUCUUGACCGAGAAAAGCAGGCUGUUCAUCACCUGGUACUGACUGCUGUGGACGGGGGCAAUCCGGCCAGAUCAGGAACAUCGCAAAUCACGGUCAUUGUACUUGAUAUUAACGACAAUAUACCCGUGUUCGAAAAGUCCGUGUAUAAAAUAGUUAUAAGUGAAGACAGUGUGAAAGGAACGCCUCUGAUUCGCCUUCUGGCCACAGACUUAGACGAAGGCGCAAAUGGAGAAAUUCUUUAUUCUUUUGGCGAGCACAUGUCGAAUUCGGUUAAUUCAAUAUUUCACAUAGAUUCGAACACGGGAGAGAUGUUCCUGAAAGGGGAGCUGGACUACGAAAGUGCUGCGACGUAUAGAAUCGAGGUGGUCGCUACAGACAAAGGCAGCCCGGAGAUGGAGGGACACUGCAGUGUGCAGGUAGAAAUAGUGGAUGUCAAUGACAAUCCUCCCGAAGUCGUGCUCACUUCCUCACCCAGCCCAGUGCGCGAGGACGCGCCGAUUGGAACUGUUGUCGCCUUGAUCAGUGCACGAGACCUGGACUCCGGAGACAAUGGAAAAGUGUCGUUGCAAAUUCCACUGGAAUACCCAUUUGCGUUGAAACCGUCUGUUCCUGGUCAUUACGCAUUGGUUACGAAUGGCAUGUUAGACCGCGAGAGUUUCCCUGAGUAUAAUAUUGAGGUAACAGCAACUGACGCGGGUUCCCCUCCACUGACAUCCAAAAAAACAAUACCAAUAAAAAUUCUUGAUGUAAAUGAUAAUCCGCCGAGUUUUCUAGACUCGUUUUAUAAUGUUUAUCUGACUGAGAAUAACGCACCAGGUUCUAUCCUCGGUGAAGUAUCUGCAGUAGACCCCGAUUUAGGGGAAAAUGCUAAGAUCUCAUAUUCCAUCUUAGACUCUAAAAUGCAGGACGCGUCGGUCUCCUCAUACGUUUACAUUAAUUCAGACAACGGCAGCAUCUACAGCAUGCACUCAUUCGACUAUGAGAAACUCAAGGUGUUUCAGAUCCACGUUCAGGCCAAGGACCACGGCUCUCCGUCUCUGAGCAGCAACGUCACUGUCCACGUGUUUAUCCUGGACCAGAAUGACAAUGUCCCCGCUGUCAUUUACCCCUUUGCCGUCAUGGGCUCCGUGUCCCAUCAGAAGAUGCCGCGAUCGGCGAAAGCGGGACACCUCGUUACCAAGGUGACGGCCGUGGACGCUGACUCGGGACACAACGCCUGGGUUUCCUACAAACUGGUGGAGGCCACAGACGCCUCCCUCUUCAGUGUGAAUCUCUACACGGGGGAGGUGAGGACUAAACGAGCCGUUUCGGAGCAGGACGACUCUUCUCACAGGCUGCUCAUAGAGAUAAAGGACAACGGGGAACCGGUGCAGUCCGCCACGGUCACAGUGGGCAUAUCGCUAGAGGACGGGGUCCACGAGCCCAUCUUGGAUUUCCGGCAGCACAAAAGCCACGAACCCGCCAGUAAGAGCAAUAAAAUCACCUUCUAUUUGAUCGUCUCUCUGGCGUCCGUGUCCGCGGUGUCCUUUUUGACUUUUGCCAUUUUAGCGGUGAGAUGUAUCAGGAGCAGCGCAAGUCGUGCGUGUUGCUGCGUGAGACGGGGAGACUCGGAUGAAUACAAUAAUAAUCCCAACAGAAACCUGCACAUCCAGCUCAACACUGACGGGCCUAUUAAGUACGUGGAGGUGCUGGGAGGAGACAUGUUGUCUCAGAGUCAGUCCUUCAGGUCCUGCCUGUCUCCAGUGUCCGAGUUCAGUGACUUCACCUUCGUUAAACCCAGCAGCACCACAGAUUUUAAGGAGAUGAUAAACGUGCUUGACGCGUCACUGCCUGACAGCGCCUGGACUUUUGAGAGCCAGCAGGUGAGACAUAUUCUUCUGUUUAGUUUUUGAUUUUAUU